AUGACCGGUGCCAAUGAAACAAGCACGACCAACGGCAACACCAACGGCCACACAACCAUGCCGACCACAGAGUCUCCGCGCCCACUCAACCUCACCGGCAAGACCGCCAUAGUCACAGGCUCAGCAAGGGGUAUCGGCGCCGGCAUAGCCCUCGAACUCGGCUCCCGUGGCGCCAACAUCGUCGUCAACUUCACCUCCGAAAGCAGUCGCAGCAACGCCGAGAAGAUCGUCUCAAAGAUCGAAUCUCUCGCCACCGGCGCGAAAGCGGUGACCGUCCACGCCAGUGUAGUUGACAAGGUCGGCCAACAAGCACUCAUCGAUGCCGCCCUGAAACUUGGGUCCGGGCACAUCGACAUUCUCGUGCACAACGCUGGCAAUGGCGACGACAGAUACCUCACCGACAUCACCGAGGAGUUUUACGACAUGCAAAUGGACAUCAAUUUGAAAGCACCCAUAUUCCUCACACAACUAGCCCUUCCUCACAUCCCGCGCGGCGGCCGGGUGAUCAUUGUUUCGAGCGUCUCAGCGCGCAUGGGCGUGCCCCAACAGACUGUCUACGCAGCCAGCAAGGCUGCGACCGAAGCCCUGGCUCGCGUGUGGGCCACAGAACUGGGCCAGUCGCGCGGUAUCACCGUCAACUGUGUCAACCCAGGCCCUGUGGCGACGGACAUGUACUACGCGAGCGACCAGAGCUUUAUCGAUGCCUUGAAGCCCAUGAUUGACUCGACGCCCGCCGAGGCCAGGAUCGGCGAGGUCCGCGAUAUCGCUCCUCUUGUAGGGUUUUUGGCAUCUGAGGAGAGCAGAUGGGUCACCGGAAGUGUCGUGAGUGCCAGUGGUGGCUUGCUGUUCUUCUAGAUCUUCUCUCUGCCGUUGGUUUGGAGCAGUAAGACGGAUAAGCUUGCCUCGGCCCUUGUGGUUAACGCGAUGCAAGGUGGGCGGGAAUACCGAACAGUACAUACACAUUUGUAGCACUGAAGCUGUGAAGGUCACCAAUCGCCCCGAGUCGCAAUGGCACAAGGAAGCAAGAGACAGACCACCCUCAUCAUAGUAGCAUGGAUAUCAUUAUUCUUGCUUUCUUUUCUGCUUCAGUCCCACAAUGCACCAUCAGACGACGCAAAGCAACAAAAUCAAAUUUCAUCCCCAAGAAAAGCGGCCCCUCUGUGUCUCGCCCCUGAAGGCCUUUGCCUGCCACAGCAAAGAAGCGCAGCCCAAUAC